AUGAAGUUCCUCGCCGCCGUCGCUGCUACCAUCGGUGUUGUUGCCGCAUCGGAUUUUGGUAGCUGGUCUCUAUACUGCGGCUCUUCCUGCUCAGGUGGCACUCUCAUCAACACCGGAUCCCUGGAUACGAAUACGAUCACCACCUGCACCAACUUAGGCGCUACCUACGACUACUGCCACCUUGAAGUGGAGAAAUACCCCAACUUGUACCGGGCUACCGUCGCUCCCUCAGCAGAUUGUACCUCAUAUUCAACAUCCAAUAUUAUUAGUGCUGGAGGGUGCUCGCCUGCCGGAAACUGGCAAUAUUAUCGGAUUUAUUACACUGCUUAG